AUGCCUCCUUGCUCAACAGCCCCUUCUAGAUAUCUCACUCCAGAGACUCUCUACGUAUGCACGGAUGUGUUCCUAAAUAAUCACUACGACAAUAGCAAGAUGUCGCAGCUGUCUUCUAACCCAAUUCCAUUUUCGGAGCCGCCAUAUCUCUGUGGUCUCCCUUCGCCCUACUACUCGCCGGGCCAUCGUCGCUUCCAAAAAGCCUGUCACGAUUUCUUCUGGGAACAUCUCCACAGCCAUGCUGCCGAGUAUGAGAAGGCCGGACAGGUUCCCGAGCAUGUUUUUCACACGUUCUGCAAGCGUAAUAUUCUACUCCCGAACAUCGGCGCACCCUUGCCCGUGGACUGGCUGAAGCGCUUGGGAAUCGCCGACAUCCUGGGAGUCAAGGUGGAGGACUGGGACUACAUGUACACGGGAAUUUACUUCGACGAGAUGGCGCGAGCCGGUAUGGCUGGUCCGGGUUCAUCCCUGAACGCCGGGUUCAACUUUGCAAUUCCGCCAAUUUUGAAGUAUGGCAGCCGGCAGUUGCAGGAACGCUUUCUCCCGGAUAUUUUGACUGGUCGCAAACGCUGCUGUAUCGCGAUUACGGAGCCGGAGGCAGGCAGCGAUGUUGCUAACAUCACCACGACAGCCACCAAGACGCCCGACGGAAAGUAUUACCUGGUCAAUGGCGCGAAGAAGUGGAUCACCAACGGGAUCUGGUCUGACUUUGCGACCAUGGCUGUUCGCACCGGUGGUCCGGGAGCGUCUGGUCUCUCCGUCCUGCUCGUUCCAUUGAAGGGACACCCCGGCGUCACGAUGCGCCCGCUCAAGGUUACCGGCCCGAUUACCAGUGGAACCACCUACAUUGAAUUGGACGACGUCAAGGUGCCUGUGGAGAAUUUGGUCGGCCGAGAAGGGGACGGCAUGCGAAUGAUCAUGACGAAUUUCAAUCACGAACGCCUUUCGAUCGCGGUCGGCGUCACUCGCCAGGCUCGCGUGGCCCUGUCCACCGCCUUCCAAUACUGUCUGAAGCGAGAGGCCUUUGGCAAAACGCUCAUGGACCAGCCAGUUGUCCGAAACCGUCUGGCUAGGGCGGGCGCCGAGUUGGAAACGUUGGGGGCCUUUGUCGAGCAGCUCCUUUACCAAUUGUGCCAUCUUCCCAAGGAAGAAGGAGAUCGCAAGCUGGGUGGAAUCACUGCCCUCGCCAAGGCCAAGGCGGGGAUGGUGUUGAACGAGUGUGCGCAGUGCGCGGUUCUCCUGUUUGGAGGAGCCGGAUUGACGCAAAGCGGACAGGGCGAGCUGGUCGAGUCGAUUCUCCGAGAGGUACCAGCUGCCCGGAUUCCGGGCGGUAGUGAGGAUGUUUUGCUUGACCUGGCCGUUCGACAAUUGGUGAAGGUCUAUCAGGCGGGGGAGAGGAAGUUGAAGCAGUCGAAGAUAUAG